UUUUGCUUUUUUUUUUUGUCACUUUUUCAUAAAGCAAACAUCUUUUUUCUUCUCACUAUCUUUCUCUCUCUUCAAACAUUCUUCAUCUCUUUGUAUCUCAUUAUCUCUUGAAUUUCAUCUUGUGGAAGAAUCUCAAAAACCCAGAAAAACCCAUAUUUUCUUCUGCAUUCUCAUGAUCUAGUUGUUAGAUUCCGGCAUCAUGACGAGGUUGACUCGUGAAUUUGCAACAAUGCAAAAGGAAAAUGUCCCAGCUGUUUCGGCUGAUGUGACAUUCCUGUCAAGUCGGUUUCCGAAUUACAGGAUAGGGGCUGAUAAUCAGGUUUUGGAGGUCAAGGAUGAACGAAAGAUGUUCUCGAUGAAGGAGAUUGUUGCACGAGAGACUGCAAUGUUGCUGGAACAGCAGAAACGCUUGUCAGUUCGUGAUCUUGCCUACAAAUUUGAGAAGGGAUUGGCAGCUGCUGCUAAGUUGUCAGAAGAGGACAAACUGAAGGAAGCUGCUUCUUUGGAGAAACAUGUUCUUUUGAGGAAACUAAGAGAUGCCUUGGAGUCCUUAAGAGGCCGUGUGACUGGUAAAAACAAGGGUGAUGUAGACGAAGCGAUUUCCAUGGUUGAGGCUUUAGCUGUCCAGUUAGCCAAAAGGGAAGGAGAAUUGCUUCAUGAAAAGGAGGAGGUGAAAAGGCUAGCACAAUUCUUGAAGCAGGCAUCUGAACAAGCCAAACGACUUGUUGAGGAGGAAAGAUCUAUUGCUCGUGCUGAAAUUGAAAAUGCCAGAGCAGCUGUUCAGCGUGUUGAAGAAGCCAUUCAGGAGCACGAGCAAAUGUCCCGAGCUUCAGGAAAGCAGGAUUAUGAUGAAUUAAUGAAGGAAGUUCAAGAGGCUAGACGCAUCAAAAUGCUGCAUCAGCCUAGCAAGGUAAUGGACAUGGAAUAUGAACUUCGAGCAUUAAGGACUCAGCUCGUGGAGAAGUCUAAGCAUUCUAUUCAACUUCAGAAGGAGCUGAUAAUGAAGAAAAAGAUCGAGGAGGAAAUGUUGCAUUUGUAUGAAUUGGACGGGCAAGAGCUAUUAGGUGCUUUUUUGCGGGCCCAAAAACGUUCUGAUAAGGCUGCAGAGCUCUCGGAGUGCCUAAUUCAGUGGUAUCGGGUAACAUCUGACAGUGACAAAAGGGAGCCUAUUUCAGGGGCAAAUAAACAAGUUUAUGCUCCAGAGCCGUUUGAUGUUGGGCGACUAUUGCAGGCAGAAAUCACCUUUGAUGGUGGAAAAGUUACAGUGUCCACCACUGGUCCUAUUGAUCCUGCACCAGGUUUGGGAAGCUAUGUUGAGGCUCUUGUGCGUAGACAUGAUACUGAAUUCAACGUAGUCAUUACUCAGAUAAAUGGUGCCGAUCAACCAUCGCAAUCUAUUCAUGCUCUCCAUGUUGGAAAGAUGAGGAUGAAGCUUUGUAAGGGGAAAACAACAGUUGCCAAAGAGUAUUAUUCUUCAGCAAUGCAGCUUUGUGGGGUUAGAGGUGGUGGAAAUGCUGCAGUGCAAGCUUUAUUCUGGCAAGUAAGGCCGGACUUGAGCUUCGUUAUAGCAUUUGAGUCAGAAAGGGAUAGAAAUGCAGCUAUCAUGUUGGCGAGGAGGUUCGCGUUCGACUGUAAUAUUAUGCUUGCUGGUCCUGGUGACAGAACACCCCUAGCGUCAUAAACUUCGGCCUCACCUUUCGGCUACAUGUAAUUAUCAAAGCUCAGGAAUGUAUCUUGUAUAUUAAGCUUGUACUAAUAGGAGGGUUUUAGCAGAGGCUUCGCUUCGACAAUGUCGUGUGACGGACGAUUAUCUAGUGUGCAAUCGUCCACCUAUCCUUCACUUUUUCUCCCUAACCACAAUGGCAUCCUCUUUUUUUUGGUUGCCUCUUUUUUUUUUCUGGCUCAUAUUAUGGGCAUCCCACCAUCCCAUGAGUUGUAUUUUUACUAGCAUGUCUUUUUUAUGUUCUUUGUAUUUGUGACACUAGUUCUCCCCUGUAAAAUCAUUAAGGCAAGGCGAUAGCCUCUUAUUGAUUAUUGAUUUAUUUGGUCAUUUGGGAAUGGUUUUGUUGAUUUGCUUAUAGAAAAAGAAAAAAAAAAAGUUCAUCUACUAUAUUUGGUCA